GUGUUGUUUUGAAUAGCAACCGUCGCUGAGGAAGAAGCGUAUCCUGUAAGGCUGAACUAUGUCCACAUUUCAUGAUGAAACUGCAGCUGACGUGCCAGUCAGAGACAUCACCCUGAACCUGUCUGAAGUUGCAGCUGGAGCACAAGACUUGUUGGUGGGUCAAAAUGCCCGACCCUAUCAAGACAUCUCACGAGUGUCCAGGGAGGAGCUGGAGGACAGGUUCCUUCGCCUCUAUGACGAGACACUGCUCCUUAAACAGCAUAUCCACAAACAGGACGACAAAAUCAAGAAGCUGGGCACUAAGCUGAUGAGGCUGGUGAAGGACAGGGGUCGUAUGGAGCAGUUGGCAGCUGGUGGGGGCUCAGCGUUCCCCAGGGUACGGGAUUUGGAGAGGGAAGAGCUAGUCGAGGAGCUCCAGGAGAAGGUUCGAGCGCUGCAGGGCGAGAACGAAGGACUGAAGCAGCGCCUCCUAGUGGCAAAGCAGCAGGUCCUUCAGGUGCAGAGCAGGCGGACCACCCCGUAUGGCCACGUCCAGCCACGCAUCAACUCGGGAAUGAAGAGGCUACGGGAUGACACGCCCUCUCCAUCUCAGCUACAUCCAAAAAGUGCCAGGAGUGUGGAGGGAGGUGGUAGACCUCCAACAGGACAAUUACCACGAUACGGACACAGCUUGCUGGAGGAUGCAAGGGCAGAGAUCCGCAACCUCCAUAAUGUGAUUGAGUCCCAGCAAAGCCAAAUAGAGGAGAUGGACCAAGCCUCAGAGCUCCUUCGGGACCAACUGAGGAAGAAGGAGACAGAAUAUGAGGAAAGACUCCUGGAGAUCCGACAACAGCAGACCUCCAAACUAAGGUCCAAUGUUUCUAACAAUGUGACGAUGAUCAAACUGCAGAAGGAGCUGACUGACAGGGCCAACGCCAUAACAAUACUGGAGGGCAGAUUUCUCCAACUGCAAGAGAGUCACAACACAAUGAAGACCAGCCAUGACGCAGCAAUGGUGAAGGUGGUCGAGCUCACAGGCCAGCUAAAGGAUGAGAGGCUGAAGAGCCUGAAUCUGGAGAGGCAGCUACAGAAUAUGACCCUCUGUGAGAAGAGGACAGAGGAGUUGCAAGACCAGAUUAACGAUCUGGUGAAGGAGAGGGACCUGUUGAAGGAGAAUCAUGAUAAACUGGUCAGCAGUGCCUUUGAUGUAUCUCAGCAACAAAAAUGGCGCAUUCAGGAGCAGCAGCUAAAAUUACAGAUAGCACAGCUAGAGAUGGCGCUGAAGGCUGACCUCACUGACAAGAAUGAGAUCCUGGACAAAAUCAAGGCAGAGAGGGAUAACAGUGAGAAGUUGGCAGAAGAAAAGAAGCAACUUCAAAUUCAAGUGCUGGAGCAGAAGCAACAGCUCGAUGAACUAAAUGAUCGCAUGAAGUUCUACACUAAGGAGAGCGAGGUAGACGUGGCAGAGCUCACCGAGGCGUUGAUGUUAAUUAAGGUAUGUAAAUCCCAGAAGAAUGGUGAGCUGGGAUUCCUGGAGCAGGUGGAGGAGGAGACGCUCAGGAAUACAGAGAGCUCCAUCAGGGAGCUACGAGCAGCACAUGCUGAGACCAUCCAGGAGCUGGAGAAGACCAGAAACAUGCUCAGCAUUGAGCACAAGAUCAACAAAGACUACAAGGUGGAGCUUGAGGCUGUGUCACGGAAGAUGGACUGUGAUAAAAUCGAGUAUGAGCAGAGGUCGGAACGUCAGGCCCAGCUGCUUGACAUGAGAGCGGCCAAGAUCAAGAAACUGGAAGCCCAGCUGAGAAAUUUAGCCUAUGGCACCAAAACCUAUGUCUUCAAACCAGACAUCACUGACGAGGAUGAGGCGGAUGAGUUUGAUGAAACUGUUCAUCUCGAACGUGGAGAGAAUCUUCUGGAGCUCCAAAUAGUAAAUGCCACACUGCCUCCCUCUGCUCUGGAGGCUUUUGGUGACAGUGAACCUGCCACGUUCUGUAGCUACGCCUUCUAUGACUUUGAAGUGCACUCCACUCCAGUGGUAACGGGCCACAACCCUAAGUAUGGGUUCACAUCUCAGUAUGUGGUGUGUAUGGGCGACUCAUUUCUGGAGUAUCUUCAUAGUUUCUCAGUCACAUUAGAGCUGCAUCUGGCCAUGGGACUGGACUACCGGACAGUAGCAAAGGGACAGCUUCGGCUGCGGCAGCUUCUAGAGCAGGACGGCAAGGUUCAUGGUACCGUGCAGCUGGUUGGUAUAUCUGAUGAAAUCCAGUCCUUUGGCUCUGUGGACUACUGGAUGAGGUUGAGGAUACCCAUGAAGGAGACCAUCCGUCUGUAUAAAGAGAGGGUGAAAGCCAUGAGCUACAUCGAUCCUACGCUGAAUGAAAGUGGACAGCUGGCACCACCCAGCAGCAGUUGCAAUGUACUCUACGUUACUGUGCAAUGCUGCCGCAAUCUUCCGUCCCGGGACUCCCAGCAGCCUAGUCCAUAUGUGAUCUACAAAUUCUUUGACUUUCCUGAACAUGACACCGCCACUGUCCAAGACUGCUGUGACCCCCAGUUCCAUGACCUCCAGUCCUACUCUGUCCUGAUGGACAUGGACCUGGACCGUUACCUGAAGUCUGAUGCCUUGCAGUUCUAUGUGUUUGACUACAAGGACGAGCAGAUGGACACAUAUCUGGGAAAGGCCAGGGUGCCCUUACUGUCACUUGCCCAUGACAAGGGCAUCACAGGUGUGUUUGAAUUGGCCAAUCCCUCUGGACUCUCCACCGGCCAUAUUGAAGUCACGCUCAAGUGGAAGUUCACUUACAUGCCUCCGCCAGGUUCAACCAUGGAUGUUGAACCAGCCAAGUUUGUCCCCAAAGAGAUGCCAGUCAAGGAAACCGAUGAACACAAGCAAGAACCUUACGAUAUGAAAGAGGAGACGGCAACACAUGAGGAAUUGAAAAACAAAGAUGUUAACGAAAUAUUGAAGGAAGAAAGGGAAGUCACAGAACUUCAUCACUCCACCGCCUUCCCUGAUGUUGCUGUCUCUAAUUCACCAUUGCCAAAGCCCAGGCUGAAGACACAGAUGAAGGAGAGACUGGCUCCCAAAAAAGUCACGUUCCUGGAUGUCACAACUACGGAUGACAAGAAUGAGGAUAGCAGUUCGCCAACUGCCAGCAUGCCUCUACAGAGGCAAGAGACAAAGCUCUCACCUAUAGUAAAGGUUGUUUCAGAAGUAACCCUAACCCCUCCAAACACCACAGAAGAAGAGCCUGAGGAAGAUGAGUCUCACUACUCUGAAGGGCAGGUGAUCCCAGUGAGCUCUCAGUCCUGCUCUGACGACUCUGAAAUUUCUGAGGAAAUUAUUGAAAAAGAUGUUGAGGUCCCAGCAGCCGAGGAGGAUCAGAGUGAAUCGACCCAGUCCGACAGCGAUGACUGCAUUGUUCCUGGACAGUUGUCUGCAGGGAGAAAGCCCUCAGAUCGUGUCCGUGUGGAGAUAGUGUCUCUUGGCCUGAGACCUGAGUCACGGGUGGCCCAGGACAGCAGUGUGGUGCGCCUGUUUGUGGAGUACUCCCUCCUGGACCUGCCCACAGAGGAGACCCCCCUGUCCCUGCCAAAGCCACUGCCAGGCAAGAGUAUCCACUACAACUACAGCAACGUGAUUCACGUGGAUGUGGAGAACAACCAGGCGAGGCGGGAGCUGCUGAAGGGAGUCCUACAGGGGCACAACCCACAGAUGGAAAGCAUCCGGUUUACGGUGGUGAGCGAGCCACCGGAGGAAGAGGAGCAGGAGAGGGAGUGUGAGGAUGUGGGUGUGGCCUACCUGAGGAUCCCUGACAUCCUGGAGAAACAACAAGAUGUGAUUGAAAGAAGUCUGAAUGUGGUGGAUGUAGAGGAUACCAGCGUGGUGGUGGGUAGUCUGACUGUGUCUGUAGAGGGACUGGAGGCGAUGCAGGCGAUCAUGGAGGACCCAGACCGAGAGUACACCCCUGUUUCCGCCCUGCAGCUAUAGGCCUAAUAUCAGCAUACAGUCAAAAUCACUUGUGCAUCUCAAUUGUCCAUGGUGCCAUGAUAGACUUGUUGUGCUCAAGUAAUGGCUAAAGAAAUAACAAGUAGGCUAGAGAAAGAGAUGCAUUAUUAUGAAUCCAGCCAAGGUUCUGGGCAAGAUACAAAAAGUUUGAUAUGCUGGGUUAGGGUUAAUAUUCGCUUGUGAACCCUUAACCCAGGGCUAACUGUAAGGCCUGGGUUAAGUACAAGUGUGAAUCAAGGUUAAUUAUGCCCUAGGAUACAGUUAGCCUAGGGCCAAGGAACUCAAGGGUGAAAAGGGCUAGUUUGUGUUAAUAAACUUGGUGCAGAGACAUACUGACACUUUGUGUAGUAACACACUUGCAUGCUAAAAACACACUAACACACGGCAAAAGGACAACAGGAGUACACUGGGACAUACUCCAGACAAAUACUGCUAAAUUUGGCGGUUUAUUGAUCAGUCAUGCUGGGAGCCUGGCAGCCUUCAUUUGUAGGUUCCUCCCUAUUUUCUUAUUUUGCACAGUGUUGGUAUACUGUAGAUAUCAGCUUUGAUAUGGGGUAUGUCAUUCUGUUGAUAUAUUUGGCACAAGAGUACUAAGUAUGUAGUAUGUUCAGGUAUUAUCCACUGGUUGAAAAUUACCUUUGGUCAAAUGCUGGUCAGUUUUGGCUUUAAUGUUUAUCUACUUCAUCAGCCAUUUGGCAGGCGAGGGGCCACCAUUUGAAGGUUCCAUUCUGUCAUUGAAACCUGUUUGGUUUAAUAUGAGGACGUGCCAGCCACUGUGAUGCCUUCCCGGAAGAGAAUUCUGUAGUGUAAUUAUUUAUUAAGGUAGUUUUGGAAAACAAUAUGAAUUGUAAUAAAACAUCUUGUUUAAUGUGUACUGUACUAUUAUUAUAUUCAUAAAAUUUGAGAUUUUUUAAAGUCCUAUAGUCAAAAAUUGGUAAUAGUGAGUUUGUUUAUAUAUUGUAUGAAAUUAGGUAAAUAAUAUAUGUUUUUAUACUUGAAAGGAAUUAUUAAGUUAUUUUGCACCGUUCUUUUAAGUUCUGUUUUCAGGCACAUGGGAAUUGUGAGUGUGGAUAUAGCUGCUCAUGUAGUCUACCAGAGUUUAAGGUUUGAAUUUACCACCAGCCAGUUGCUGGUCAGUUUGGCUGUGUUUUUUAAGUUCAUCAGCCUUAGAAUUUUGGCAGAUAACCAGCCAUAUUUUGGGUUUUGGCAUUCAGCAGCUAUGGUCACAGGUGAACAUAAAAAUCAACUCCUACACUGCAAGAAACAGCUGGAUUACUCAGCCACACUGUCACCAUGUUGAUAUUGGACAGCACUUUUGAGAAGCCCGUUGCCAUACAGAAUCGCUGCAACUUGUAUGAUAGAACGACAUUUCAGUUCAUGACUGUAUUUGUAUGUCUGCAUUUGUCUGAGUUGAAAGUUACAUUUGUGUCACAUGGUAGGCUCGAUCCUGAUUUUUAUGAGAGAAUCUUUGAAAGUGUGCCUUGAAUUUUGUAUGUUUGAUGUUUUGUAUUUUAGUGUAAUAAUAAAGAGUUUAUUGACGAUGAACUUAAGUAAACUUACUAAAUGUAGGGGUGGAAAUCAGUAUUGCAAAAUAUUUUCAUGUCACAGCACGUCCAGAGGAACAAGAAAUUAAUUGAAAACAUCUGUUUUCAUAGAUUGAUACACUGAGUCAAUAUGUACUUAAAAAUAAUAUAAAUUGCUUUUUUAAAGUUUCUUUGCGCUUACAUUACUGAGCUAAUAUUAUUCCAUAGAAGCGGGUACUACGAGGAUGCUAACACCACAGGAAAAAAUAUUAAGUGCCCACAGACUUUAGCAUAUAAACCCAAUACUGAAUAUCAUAGGCAGACUGAGUAAAUGUUAGUACAAUAUAAAGUUAAACUCUUGACGUUGGUAGUACUACCAUCAAGUAACUUAGCCUUAGGAGUUCCAUCUCUGCCAUCUCCUUAUACUGAAAUUAACAGAACCAUCUUUUCACUGCUCCAAAAAAGCAAACAAACUUUUACCAGACAAAAUUACACCUGACUUUUUAAAACAGGCUAUGUAUGAUACAAAUUUUUAUUAUUAACCAAUCCAGUGUACUCAGCUGUGCCAAGCUAUUUGGUUAAGAAUUAUGUAUUGUAAAUAUACAACAUAAAAAUAUUUUUAUUCAGCUGUUGUAUCUUCAUCAUUUGUCUUAAAAGUUGCAUCAGUGUCCUGUGUAUGUGUUAAUAUGAUCCUCCGUGGUGCUCUAAUUUGCUUUCACUGCUCAUCAUGGUCCGAUGCUUCCUGACUCAAUGGCCCUGCUCACCCACAAGGAUGCUGAGGCCUGCUUGCUCUACACUGUGCUUGACGCAAUCCUGUCUGUGCUUAUGCAGAUGAUCCAUGUAUCUGUGUAUCUCUUUACAUGAGACGCUACAACAGCGACAAACAGCUGGUAAACUGAAAAUCUGUCAGUCAUCAACCGAGUGAGAAUUAUCUCAAGGCAGUUACAUGUUAUCAUAAGAUGCUGUACUUUAAAUCUCCAAUAUGAUGAAUUUUUAGCAUUUUUCAUAUUGAAGGUUUUGUGCACAGGAGUAUUACGGUAUAUAUCAUUGUGAAGCUCUUCAUUUCCAGCUUUAUUUGAUGCCAAAAAUGAAACUGAAGCUAUA